UUUCCAUCUGCCGGGGAAAUCGACAUGGAACAAGGGUCAUCGGAAGACCCGAAGAUGGGGUAUUUCCGAUGUGGUCUCAGAGGUGCAGAAGUCUAAGUCGAUUAGAUCCAUUUAUAGCUUAAUUAGCUAUUUAAUUAUGGACCGAACCUGAAUACCUGCAUCCUCUACCCUUUGUGUACACGUUUCUCAUCUCACUGCAAUUGUUCAAAAAAGAAAGAAAAUGGCUGCAACAACCAUCCAAACGAAGCACUUGGGGCAGAUCCGGGGCAGGACCGCCGAAGGCGUAACACAGUUCUUGGGGAUCAAGUACGCCACUCUGCAAGAUAGACUUGCCGACGCGCAACUUGUGGAGAAGCACGAUGGUGGUAUCGUCGAUGCGACAAAGGACGGACCAACAGCUGUCUCACCUUCGUUCGGAUGUGAUGUAGAGCAGGCCGCCAUACAACAUAAACUGCCCCCGAAAGAGCUCGCGCAGUCGGGCAUCGACUGUCUCAAUUUAAACAUCGCUGUUCCCGAGGGCACAACCGCAUCUUCGAAACUUCCGGUAUUUUUCUUUAUUCAUGGCGGGGGUCUACAGAUCGGGGCCAAUUCAUGGCCACAACUGGAGCUUAUGCGCUUUGUAAAACUGUCGGCUGACAAGAAUUUACCUGUCAUCGCGGUCUCUAUCAAAGUCGCACUUGAAUGGGUGCAAAGACAUAUCGCAGAUUUUGGCGGAGAUCCAGAAAAUGUUACAGCAGCUGGAGAAAGCGCUGGUGCAGCAUCGGUGACAUAUCACCUGGACUCCGAAGUUGCUCUUUUUAAGAGAGCUAUUGCGAUGAGCGGCAGUUACCUCUUCACCCAAGCUUUGCCGUAUGGUAUUCAAGAGCAGAAUUAUCAGCAAGUCGUAUCGGCACUGGGUUUGGAAAAUGCCAGCACAAAAGAGAGGAUUCAGACUCUAUUGGAAAAGCCAGAACAAGAGCUGAUUGCCAAAUUGCCUCCUUCGGUUUUGGCUGCGCCAGCCGUGGACGGCGACCUGGUAGCAUCGGCCGCUACACAUGCUCUAACAGCUGAUAGAACUUCUGGAUUAACAAAGAGAGGAAACUGGUGCACUGAGCUGAUGAUCGGUGACUGUCAGAUGGAUGCGAGUAUUUUGGGGGUAAUCAUGCCAAACCUGAAGGAAAAUUGUGCAGAGAAAUUUACCACAGCAAUGAACAAGGUGCUAUCAUCGCAACCGGAUGUGGCGCAACGUAUCCUGGGCGAAUAUGGUAUUAGAAAGGGCAUGCCCGACAACGAGGCGUUACCUGCGGUACUUAAUUACGUCAAUGAUAUCUGUUUCUUUGCGCCUGUUCUGACUUUCAUACGGGGUUGGAGGGGGAACUCUCAUGUUUACUAUUUCAACGAAGGGAACCCCUGGGAGGGACCAUGGAAAGGAAAGGCGACUCACAUUCUUGAUGUUGCCUAUCUAACCCAAAACUUUCAGGAGUUCAUGAAACCCUCCCAGCAGCUUGUUGCCACCACAUUUGCUGAAGACUUCUUCAAGUUCUGUCAUGGUACCAGCCCGUGGCCAGCAGUCACCAACGGUGAUAUCACCACCAAUUUUACGGCUAGGGUGUAUGGGCCCAGCUCUGAGGGGCAUUUUGUUGGGCAAGUGAGUGAGCCGUACAAAGGGGAGAGUCAUCGGAGAAGCAUUUUGUUUGACUGCAACGAUGCAGUCUCAUUGGACGAGCUGGCCGGAGUAUUCGAUGUUUUCAAAACCAUGUGA